AUGUACCAGCGGGCGCUGCAAGGUAAAGAAAAGGCAGGAGUUCCAGAACAUUCUAUUCUUAAAGAGCUUAACAACUUAGGCAUUCUCUACAAGAACCUAGGGCGGCUUAAUGAGGCGGAGAAGAUGUACCAGCGGGCGCUGCAAGGCUACGAGAAGGCAUGGGGACCAGAGCACACAUCAACACUUAACACGGUUAACAACUUGGGCCUUCUCUACGCAGACCUAGGACGGCAUAAUGAGGCGGAGAAGAUGUACCAUCGAGCACUUAAUGGAUUUGAGAAACGCCUGGGCUAUGAACACGAGCGGUGUCGCAGGCUACGUCGUGUUCUUGCUGCUUUAGAGAGAUCGUUAUAA